AUGGCGUCGCCAGCAGGACCCCCCAUUCGGAUACCGGUAUCGUUUGUAAGCGGCACUCCGUCGCAAGCCAAGGACCCUGAUAGAACUCCCAGCUACGCUCAGGUCAAGACCCCGGAUCCGUCGUCCCUCGAGGGUGGCGCUCUACGUGAAGGUGGGACUUCCGUUCUUACCAGCAGCGACAGUAUCGGUUUGCUCUUCCAAUACGCUGUGGUGGGUAUCAACUACGGUCUGCUGCCUGCCACGGUCUACCCAUUCCUCCAGCAAUACCUGAAUGCUACCGGUUCUCAAGUUACCACAGCUGCGACGCUAGUCAUUCUACCAUGGAGUUUAAAGGUGUUCUACGGUAUUCUAUCCGACUGUGUGCCGCUUUGGGGAUACCGACGCAAAGUCUGGAUGCUUAUUGGUUGGGCCAUGUGUCUUACGAUGCUGAUCGUCAUGGCCGCGUCUCCGGCCGGUCAGCCGUACUACACGGUCCCGUCCGACCGCAAGAUUGAUCCCGCCGAUUACACACCAGAAAUCGAGGCUCGCAUUAACUUCGAUGCCGGUAAUCAGGCUGGCAAAUAUGUCAUGCUCAUGUUCUUCGCUGCUAUCGGAUACGUUCUAGCUGACGUCUGCGCCGACAGUAUCGUGGUGGAAUACGCGCAGCGUGAGCCGGUCGAGAAACGCGGUAAGAUCCAGUCGGCUAUCUACACAAUCCGCACUGUCUUCGUCAUCAUUGGACAACUCUUGGUGGGCUUCUGCUUCAAUGGACGGCGGCCAGUUCGACUUCUCGUUGAACUUCCCCGAAUUAAUGUCGAUCGUCGCGUGUAUCACGGCGCCGAUCAUCCCUAUCACGUGGCUCUGUGGGAACUCAUUCAGAAGCGCGCCGUCUACCAGGUCAUUUUCUACCAGUUCUUCCAGAACGUCUUCUCCAGUAUUACGUACACUGCCAGUUCCCCCGUCCAGUCGUACAUGGUUGGUGUCACUCCGAUCAACAAUACGAUCAGUGAGAUCAUCAGUAAUGUUUUAUUCAUGGGUGGUAUCAUGGCGACGUCCAAGUGGGGGCUGCACUGGAACUGGCGCAAGAUGAUUCUCUUUACGGGCAUUUUCGUCACCAUUGCGGACGGUAUUACUACUUUUCUUACUAUUUGGAGCGUGCUCCGAAGUCAGUGGUUCUGGCUUGGUAUCCCCAUGGCAGUGCAACUUCCAUACGGUGUCGGCUGGAUGAUUGGUUUCUUUGUAAUCGUCGAGCUGUCCGGCGUCGGUAAUAAGGGGGCUAUUAUCACUAUGGUUGGCAACUUGGCGUCUCCAUUCGCACAGGCCUUGACGCUCGUAAUUAACCAGCCUCUUAACUUAACGACAGCUCGUAUCCAAGCUGACGAUAACUCGAUCCGAACGGACCUCACGUACGCGGUGCUGAUCAUGUAUGGCAUGACGAUUUUUUCAUGGUCCUUCCUUGUGUUUCUGCCUCCCCAGAAGAAAGAGACGCAGGAGCUGCUUCGUACGGGCGGAAGUAGCAAGAUUCUUGGAGGCCUCACAGUGUUCUACGUUAUGUUCGCGUUCAUCUGGUACCUCAUGACGAACAUCAUGGCUAUGUACGAGUCCACCUCGUGUUUGAUUAUUGCUGGUGGCAAGGAAUGCUAA